UAAAGCUUUUCACAGUGGAAAAGGGUUGACAGAAGAAAGAAGGGUUUGCUUUGGCGUGUGACUUGGAGGAAAAAAGCGAUAGGAUUUUUGUUAGUUAUUUUUCUGUUUAUUAAUGAAAGUUAUAAUCAACGUAUAAAAUUAAAAGCUUGUCCAGUAUGGCGGCGGUUAAUGGAGUUAAUGGCACCAACAGUAAGGAUUUGUGGCAAUGGAAAGUUGGUUUAAUCACGAAGGAUAAAAAAUAUUUGACAGCUGAAACAUUUGGCCAUAAAAUCAAUGCUGCGGGGACGACCUUGAAGAAGAAGCAAACAUGGACAUUGGAACAGGAUUUGGUGGAAGAUGUUAUUUAUAUUAAAAGUCACCUAAACUGUUACAUGUCGGCAGACAAAUACGGAAACCUCACGUGCGAUAGAACCGCAGAUGAACUUGACGGGUCGGAAAAAUUCGUCGUGGAAUACUCUAAAGACGAGACUGGCAAAUGGGGAUUUCGAAAUCAGUUGCAUGGAAAUUAUCUCGGAUUAGCCCAGGAUGACAAUGUGAAGUGUUUCGAAAAGACAAUGGGCCCGAAACAAAUGUGGGACGUACAGCUUUCCAUCCACCCGCAGGUGAACCUUCGCAACGUCAACCGCAAGCGCUACGCCCAUCUCUGCGACGAUGAGAUACAGGUAACGGAAAUAAUCCCCUGGGGUCAGGACGCCCUCAUCAUACUGCACUUCCACGAGGGCAAGUAUUCGUUCAAAACGUGUGACAAUCGCUUCCUCCACAGGAACGGUACCUUGGUGAGUGAGAUGGAUGAGGACACGAAGUUCUCUCUCGAGGUGAGGUCCGGUUCCACCAGCGGCAUGUGUUUCAAGGACCGCAUGGGCCAUUACCUGACCGCGGUCGGGGCGACCGCCACCAUGAAGGGGAGGAACAAGACUGUAACGAAGGACGAACUGUUCACCCUGGCGGACAGCCACCCCCAAGUCGUCAUCACGGCACACACGGGCAAGAAGGUCUCCAUCAGACAAGGGAAGGACGUGUCGGCGAACCAGACGGAGGAGGAGGGCGACAAGGAGGUGUUCCAGCUGGAGUACCACAAGAAGAUGGAUCUCUGGUCCAUUCGCUGUGUUGACAACACGCUGUGGGGACUGGAGGCAGUCGGCGGGAUACAGGCGGGAGCCAAGGAGCUUUCAAAGAAUACGAUGUUUGAAGUGCAAUGGUGCGGGGAUGGCACGAUGACGAUGAAGGCUGCGAACGGCAAGUACCUGGCGAACAGACAGACGGGCCACCUGGAGGCCAAGAGCGACGCUGUGUCGGACAAGGAGGCGUUCUACGUGCGCAUCGUCAACCGCCCCAUCCUCAUCCUCAGGUGCGAGCACGGCUUCCUCGGCUUCAAGUCGAACAGCUCCAGCGAGUACGUGUGCAACAAGUCCGUCUACCAGGUGAUAUUCCUCGAGGGAACCGACACCGGAUAUUACCAUCUCAGAGGUCUGAACGGGAAGUACUGGUCCGUAACAGACGACAGUUCGAUAGUGGCCGACAGCGCCAAGCCAAACACGCGGUUUCUUCUAGAAUUCCGCGGCCUGUCCGUCAUGACCAUCAUGGCGUCCAACGGAUGUUACCUCAAGAGUCACCAGAACGGGCUGUGCAAGGCUAUCGGUAAAGUGGACGAGGAGACGGGCAAACUGGACUCGUCACUCAUCUGGGAGUACUAAGCCGUCCCAGCCGCCAUUGGUCAAGCUUUUACUGCACACUCUAUAUAUGUGUUUAUGAAAGAAAAAAACAAAAAGAAAAGAAAAAGAACAAAAAAACAAUAACCCUACAGUCUGGAAUCAUACUUAACUUGAGUCAAUAACUCUACUUGAGUCAUGGGAAUUUUUUUAUCAUGUCUCUUAAAGUUUUGAGUCAGAACUUUUAAGGUUUGAGUCAGGUCUUCGAGUUUUGAGUAAGAACUUUUAAGUUUUGGGUCAAGACUUUAGAGUUUUGAGUUAGGACUGUAAUUGCUAUGGGAAUUUUCAUCAUCGUCUGAUUCAGAAGUUUUGAGCCAAGACUUUUAAAUGUCUUGCGAUUUUGUCAUGUCGUUAUGGGUUAAGAGUUAGGUCGAGACUCUAAAACGCUAUGUGAAUUUUUCAUGUCAUAUAAAUCAAGAGUUUUUGAGUCGUCCAGACUUUAAAAAAAAUGGUGUACGUAUGGGUCGAAAUUGGUCUCAUUCAUAAAGAAUGGACUUUGAUUGCUGCAAAUGUCCAGCCUUGAACUUGCAUACAGAACAUGAUUUUUCUUAUUUACUGAUUUUGUUUUUGUAUGUUUGAUUUCUUGAUACAUGCACAUCGUUUGUUAAGAUGUGUAGGGGAAUAGUAUUAAGGACUCUGCUACUGUAAUAAGCCGGCCACAUGUUUGUCAAACAUUGGUUUCUUGUGUGUUCCUGUUGCAUAAUUUCGAAUGUACCCGAUAUCAGUGGUGGCGAUUUGUACAUUCCAGCGGCCAUGUUGUUCACGCGCAACCACUGCAGUAUUAUACCAGGACUAAAUGCAUAUAUAAUAUAUAUACACAGUAUAUCCUAAAUGGUAAAUCAUUGUUGUAUUACAUGUUCAAAGCGUGUGUCAUUGUCACCAUAGAUGUUACUAUACAGGGUUGUAUGAUAUUAUAGGUCAUUAAUAUGUUUUCAGUAACAGAGUCCUUGGUUCUUACCUCGACCACGCAUGACGACAGUUACGUCUGCUAUCUAGAUCACGCGCCCGUGACAGGGCUAGCAAUUACUUCAUUGGUGCUUAUUAUGAAUCCCGAAAGUACGUCACCCAUAUAUAUUUUUUCUUCUUCUUUCAUCAUGUAGUGGACCAAUACAUGAAAUACAUGUGUUAUUUUGAAAAUUGUUUAUAUUACCGUAACAUAUAGUAAUCGAUGUGGACCAACUAAUACCACGUUUGAACCUAUGCAUUUCGAAAUGAGAUUACUGUACUGCAAGGAUAAAUAGUAUGGGGUGUAUGUGCUAAACGAUUUGAUAUUUUUGCAGCAUCAUGAUUAUUAAAAUGUGACCUAUAUUUUUUUUAAAAUUAUUAUUUUGUUUAUUAUUAUUUUUUUUUUUUUUUUUUUUUUUAUUAUUAUUAUUAUUAUUAUUAUUGAUCAAUCACUGGCCUUUUUAAGCGCAACAUACACUGCCUACUACGAUUGUCUUAAAGUUGUGCUUCGGUUUUGAAUGAUGAAUUGAUGUUAGAGGCAGUAGCAUAAUCUGUGUACACGUGCUAAUGGCUACUGAGUGAAUAAUGAUUUAUUAAGAUAUGGGCUCGUCCUAAACGAAACAAUGUCCACAGCUACAGUAGUUAUAAAAUUAUUGUACUGAGUGAGCAAACACAAUUCCAAUAUUUCAUUAUCAUUAGUUCCAUUUUUUUUGUUUGAUAUUCAUUAUGUUUAGUUCUAUUGGUGUUCCUUACUUCUCAAAGUAAUCAGUCAUAUCAGAGUUAUAUAUUUUUGUUUCGGGGAUCCGUCUUAUUAUUAUAUUAUUAUUAUUAUUAUUAUUAUUAUUAUUAAGUCUGUUUAUUAAAAGUUUUCAUGUGGGAGAAUCGAUCGAUAUGUGACAUAGCUGUCACAAAGCCAGAACAGGGACGGAUCGAGGAUUUUGUAAAGGGUGGGGUCACAACAUUCUAAAAAGGGUGGGGGUGAAGCAUGCUUCCAGUGAAAUGUUGAAAGAAAGAUUCCCAGAGACUCAUUAUUAGGGAAAUUUAGUGCUGUAUAUCAGUUUUGGAUUAUGAAGUUAGUCAUUAAAAGGUCACUUCAAACUGGCAGAAGGGGGCCUCAAAGGACCUCAGUGACCCCCCCCCCCCCACCCCCUUGGAUCCAAAAGAAAGGUGUAGUAGGGACCAGGUUGUAGAGUGUAUUUAAAGUGCUGUGGGUGAUUUUUUACUUGCUUUUAUAUGAGAACUGUUCAAGCAGGCCUGUCGUGGGCACAACCUCUCACAUUGCCAGAGUAUUUGUCCAAGGCGGGGAUUUAAAGUGAUGACCGAAAUUCCUUUUAAAAAAAAGGAAAUGACGUCAUUUCCAGCCAUUAUUUCACCGUCCCCAUCCCAUGUCUUUUGUUCGUCGUGUUUGAAUAUCACAGGUCGGCAAUUUCUGGCUUAGACAGGUUAACAACUUAAAGUGUUUAAAUUUACAUUCGUGAAAUACGUAAGCCAUAGUUGCUUGUGGCAAUAUUAGUUCUUCCACUCUGGGCCAUAAUCCAUCGGCGUAACUAAUGUUAGCACACAGUUCGUCUAUGUCCAAUUAAGAUGAUUUAACGUGACAAGUAGCUCUGCAUGUAUAUAUUGCCAUAUGAAAUUAUUGUCAAUUAGAUUUAAAAGUGUAGCUUACUCAAAUCGCUAAGUAUGUGCAAAAUGAGAUGUGUGAAGUUGCUUCAUGUUUCAGUAUUUUAUAUUAUAAUAAAUUCAAACAAUUGUUUCGGGGUUUUGACGGAUAUUUCCGGAAUCGUCAUCAAGCGGAAUAUGAUGAUAGAGAACUCGAUGUCCAAUUAGCGUGCGGUUGACAUCCUGAUUAGGAUGUAGACGACCAAUGAUAAGUGACGUAUCUUAGCUGCUCAAGUUUGAUGUCAGUUUUUUUUACAGUGAUACCAAACCAAUUAAUAUUAUACAUGUACAUGUUUAAAAUAAUUUUGUGAAUAAACUGCUUAAAUAUU